CCAACGCGCGGCAACUGGGGGAUCAGGACGGCUGUUUUCACGCGCUACCUUUCGACAGGAGGCGCUGCUCAGGCGGGUCCUUUCUCGCCCCCAGGACCCGGCCCCUUCCCCGCCCCGUAUCUGUGCGGCGCCAGCUGGCCAGGCCGAUUCCAGCGCAGAGGCUGGAUUUAUAGGCGCAGCAGCUCCGGAGGCGAGCUGGGGACGCGACCAGGGCUAUGCUGGGCAAGGAUUACAUGCUGGCCAUCAUUCUGGUCAACUGCGAUGAUGACUUGUGGGGGGACCAGAGUCUGGAGGGGGAGCCAGGUUUGCCCCCUGGCUGGAGGAAGAUCCGCGAUGCUGCAGGUACUUAUUAUUGGCAUGUACCCAGCGGUAGCACCCAGUGGCAGCGCCCAACCUGGGAGUCAGGAGAUGCAGAGGACCCAGGCACGAAGACGGAGGGAAUUUGGGGACUUCGGCCCCCCAAGGGGAGAUCCUUCUCCAGCCUGGAGAGCUCACUGGACCGGAGUAAUUCUCUGUCCUGGUAUGGUGAAGAAUCCUACAUCCAGAGAAUGGAGCCAGGGGCUAAGUGCUUCGCAGUCCGCUCUCUGGGCUGGGUAGAAGUACCUGAAGAGGACCUGGUACCAGGGAAGAGCAGUAUUGCCGUCAAUAACUGCAUCCAGCAGCUGGCCCAGACCCGUAGCCAGAGCCAGCCCCCGGAUGGUACCUGGGGUGAGGGCCAGAACAUGCUGAUGAUCCUGAAGAAGGAUGUGAUGAGCCUGGUGAAUCCCCUGGACCACAGUCUGAUCCACCGCCAGCCUCUGGUGCACAUUCGUGUAUGGGGUGUGGGCAGCUCCAAGGGCCGGGACUUCGCUUUUGUGGCGGGUGACAAAGACAGCUGUAUGCUCAAGUGCCAUGUGUUUCGCUGUGACGUCCCUGCCAAGGCCAUUGCCAGUGCCCUACACGGGCUCUGUGCCCAGAUCUUGUCAGAGCGAGUAGGGGUCAGUGGUGAUUCCCCUUGCUGCUCGCUAGACCCCAUCUCCCCUGAAGACCUGCCUCGACAAGUGGAGCUACUGGAUGCGGUGAGCCGGGCUGCUCAGAAGUACGAGGCACUGUACAUGGGGACUCUGCCAGUCACCAAAGCCAUGGGCAUGGACGUGCUGAACGAGGCCAUUGGUACCCUCACCACCCAUGGGGACCGGGACGCCUGGGUCCCUGCCAUGCUCAGCGUAUCUGACUCUCUCAUGACUGCACAUCCCAUUCAGGCAGAGGCUGGUGCAGAGGAGGAGCCACUGUGGCAGUGCCCUGUGCGCCUCGUGACCUUUAUUGGUGUUGGUCGUGACCCACACACCUUUGGCCUCAUUGCCGACCUGGGCCGUCAGAGCUUCCAGUGUGCGGCCUUCUGGUGCCAGCCCCAUGCAGGGGGACUCUCUGAAGCUGUGCAGGCUGCUUGCAUGGUUCAGUACCAGAAGUGUCUUGUGGCCUCUGCGGCUCGAGGCAAGGCCUGGGGUGCCCAGGCCCGUGCCCGCCUGCGGCUCAAGCGGACCAGCUCUGUGGACUCCCCUGGAGGUCCCCUGCCCCUCCCCCUGCUCAAAGGAGGGGUUGGGGGUGCAGGGGCAGCCCCUCGAAAGCGGGGCGUCUUCUCUUUUCUUGAUGCCUUCCGGCUGAAACCCUCUCUGCUCCACAUGCCCUAAAUUAAUCGGGGAGGACUGGGGAAGGAGGUUCUGGGUCCAUGCCCGACUCUGUACCUCUUCAUUCCCCAGGGACCUGCAGCCUCUCGCCCCUUGGAGCCUUCUCUGCCUUCCCCACUGACCCUUGCCCACCCUCUAUUUAUUGCCCAAUUUAUUG